UUUUGAACACUGAAUGAAAUAUCAAAUAAAUCUAAUUUAGUAAUUAUAUUUCAUUUUUAGUUUUUGAAAUUAAAUCAUAUUUUUGUUGAAUGGAGAAUCAUCAUAAGUGCAAGGUGUGUUUGAGGAGUUUCGUUAAUGGUAAAGCUCUGGGCGGGCACAUGAGAUCUCACGUGAUUGCACGGUGGUCGUCGUCGUCGUCGGAAGAAGAAGAAUAUGAAGCAAGCCAGAACGAGAUAGAGACCGCCGCCGGCUCCGUGGUGGUUCAAGACGGGGAGAGUGAAACGGAGUUGUGUAGAGAGCAGGUAAGGCCAACAACGCCGCGUUGCAGACGAUCCAAGAGGAUUAGGAAAUCAUCUUCUCAAAUCCAUGGCGAGAGAGAAGAAUCGGAAAUGAAGAUACAGAAAACUGGAAUAACGGCGACGGAGUCCUCGCCGCCGGCGAGUUCAAUCUCGGAACAUACUUCCCCGGAAGAAGACGUUGCAUAUUGCUUGAUUUUGCUGUCUAAAGACAAGUGGACAAAAGGAGAAGAAGAUGAAGAAGAAGAAGAAAAUGUGAAAAACAAAAAGGCAAGAGGGAAAUACAGAUGCGAGAGUUGCAGCAAAGUGUUCAGAUCUUACCAAGCACUAGGAGGGCACAGAGCAAGUCACAAGAAGAUCAAACCCAACAAGAGAAGCCAUGAAAAUGCAUGGGAGAUUGAUAAUAAUAAGGAGAAGGAGAAGGAGAAGGAGAAAAUCCAUGAAUGCCCUAUCUGUUACAGAGUUUUUUCAUCAGGGCAAGCCUUGGGUGGACACAAGAGAUCACAUUUUACUGCUUCAGCAAGAACAAGUACUGUUAGUUCUCUACAUUGUUCUGCUUCUACCUCUACUAAUGAGGGAAAUUUCAUAGAUCUUAAUCUUCCUGCCUCUCUUGAUGAUGAUGACACCAUCACCCAGAUUGAGCUCUCUGCACUUUCUGAUGCCUGUUUUCUCAGGCCCCAUUAAAGCAUUCAACCAUUCAGAUCACACCACAGGUAGUAAUUAUCACAGUUUUCUCUUAAUUCCAAAUAUAAUAUUCAUAGUUUGACUGUAAUUCAUCACCAUUAAUAGAGCAAACAGAAAGUUAUU